AGUCUUUUGUCUUAAGAGUGGAGAGAGUAUCGAGAUCAUUUUCACUCAACUCAAAGAUUCGAACAAGAUGACGUCUCUAAAGUUGAUCUUAUAUCUGAUGUGUUUGUUCUUGGGAACAAUGGCUCAGACGACUGAUCAGAAAAUAUCCUCAAGUGUUCGCCAGGAGAAAGAUUUUAUAUCAGCUAAAGCUGGAGAGAAUGUGACCUUGAGAUGCUUUAUGAAGGUGGUCCAAAUCGACUUUACUGGUUCAAACAAACCCUGGGACAGAAACCGAGGCUCAUCUCAUCCGUCUAUGUACUCAGCUACUUACUACUGUGCAUCUGGCGGUCGAUUUGUGAUGAAUUUUUCCGAAGGCUCUACAAUCAGUGUCAAAGGUUCAGGUUUGAACAUCCCAGCUUUGGUUCAUCAGUCAGCAUCUGAGAUCAUCCAGCCUGGAGGCUCUGUGACUCUGAACUGUACACUACACACUGGCAGCUGUGAUGGAGAACACAGUGUUUACUGGUUCAAAAACUCUGAGGUUUCUUAUUUAGAACUCAUUCACACCCACACAGGCAGCAGUGAUCAAUGUGAGUGGAAACCCAACACUCAAACACACACCUGUGACUACAACCUGCCAAUGAAGAACCUGAAUCUUUCUCAUGCUGGGACCUACUACUGUGCUGUUGCCUCAUGUGGACACAUACUGUUUGGAAACAGGACCAAGCUGGACUUUGAGCCUGUUCUGUGUUUGUGGCGUUUCCUCUCUACAGAAGAGGUCAACUCUCUUGUGUAUUUCUUGAGUGGAGCUUUGACUUUCAACUCCAUUCUGGUCGUUCUACUAGCUCUCUUAGUGUAUAAGAUGAACAAGAGAAACAACUGCCAAUCAACAGAGUCUGAAGCUAGAUUGUCAACUCCCUCUACAGAAAAUGCAGAGGGUUACCGGGAUGCAGACAGCCUCCAUUAUGCUGCUAUAAGUUUCAAUGUGCCCAACAGAUCAAGACGACAGAGGAACAUCACCAACAGUGAAUGUGUGUACUCUGGUGUCAAGCUGUAGACUUACCAUGUUACAUUAGUUAGGAUAUACAACAUUUAUUAAUCAUGUUUUAAAUGUGAUAUAUAUUUAAAAGGUAGAUGUUAUGAUGUGCUUUAUAUGCUUUUUUAUGUUCAUUGUAUCUCCUCAGUAUUCAAUAAAGGCUAAAAUAUUAAAUGGA